AUGGUAGGAUCGCAGCUCAAGCAGCUCAAGGCGUCGUUAAAGGCAGCCGGGCUUGUGGGACAGACAAACUCAAAGAAAAAGGGUAAGAAACACUCAAAAAAGACGCCGAAUGAGUCGAGACGGGACGACAAGCAGCAAAUCCUGGAGAAAAUUAGGGAGGAGUUCAACCCGUUCGAUCUCAAGGUGAGUCGGUCCAAGCGCGAAGACCUGCUCGAGAAAAAACGUGUGGUUGGAAAGCCCGGCAUUUCUAAGCAGGCGGGAGAGGAAAACCGCCGUGCUGCGUUCGAGGCCAAACGGUCCAGAAAGAACAAGGUGGGUGGCCUGGUUGAUCGACGGUUUGGUGAGGGCAACAGUCAGAUGUCUGCGGAGGAAAAGAUGCUUGCACGUUUUGUGAAGGAAAGACAAACUCAGGCGUCGCGUUCUUCCGUGUUUAAUUUGGAAGACGCUGAUGACGAUACAUUAACGCAUUAUGGCCAGUCUCUGGCCUUUGACGAGACUGCCAACGACGAGGACGAGGACGAGCCAUUUUUCAGCCAGAAAGGUGGAUCAGAGCUUGCAGAGCCAGAAGAAGAGCCUGUUGGGCGCAAGAAGACAAAGCAGGAGGUGAUGAGAGAAAUCAUAGCGAAGUCGAAACAUCACAAGCGGGAGCGUCAGAAACUUGCGGAGCAGACCCAGUUUGCCGUCCAGGAGCUUGAUGAGGACUUCGAUAACGUGAUGGGCACGUUAAAUAGUGUUCCGCAACAAAAAACUGCUCCUGCUACCAAGACAGAGGAAGAGAAAAAAUACGACAUGAAAGUGAAACAGAUCGCAUUGGACCGCCGCGCGGCUCCCGCAGACCGCACCAAAACAGAGGAGGAGCUGGAGAAGGAGCGGAAGGAGAGACAGGAGAAGCUGGAGGCAGAGAGACAGCGUCGUAUGGAAGGCGAGGACCUGGAAGAGCACGGCGGUGCUGAUGAUCUUGACGACGUCUGGGAAGGAGCUAGCGAUAUGAACGAGGACAACAUGAGCGAAAACGAGGAGGCUGAAGAAUCAGAGCAAGAUGAGCAACCCCAAGCUGUAGAGGAGCCAAGUGUCAUUAAAAUUGGAGGCAAGGUGAUUACCGUGAAUUCUACAGUGAAAAGUAAAUGUCCUGCCACUCUGGACGACAUGAUCGAGGCAACGAAGGAUAUCGAAACCAAGGACAUUUCAACAUUUGUGGUGGGCAUUUUCAAGACUUACCAACCCAAACUUGCCCACGGAAAUAAGGAGAAAAUAGGAGUUUUCAGUCGUGUUCUUGUACAGUACAUGCUUUAUUUGGGUGAGAACUAUGAGUCGAAAAAUGCAGAGCUAGUGGACUUUCUUGCCAAGCUCAUCAAAAGCAUGUGCGAGAAGUACCCAGAGGAGAUGUGUGAGGAGUUCCGGUUGCAGCUCAAAAAUUUGCAACAUAUUCUUCAAAAGCGAGACUUUUCCACGUUCCCGCGCCAACGAGACCUUCUUCUAUUCACACUGAUCGGUGCAACAUUCUCCACCUCGGACCUGUAUCAUUUGGUGGCCACUCCUGCUUCCUUAUUGAUCGGAGAGUUGCUCGAGGUGAUGCAAAUCAAUUCUAAAGUGCACCACUUGUUUGCAGGCAUAUAUUUCUGCGACCUACUGCUGCAAUACCAGCGGCUGUCCAAACGCCUGAUUCCAGAGGCCGUCAACUUUCUGGAACGUGCAUUGCUGGCUCUCGUUCCCGAGCCAGAGAAAAUCGAAAACAAUUAUCUUUGUGUGAUCCCAAAAACCACAAAAUUCACUUUGGCCUCCAACACACAGUUACCCGAAUCGCUUGAUCCACUGACCUUGAGCAACUGGAAAGAUUCCAGCCAGAAACAGCUGCUCAGCUUGUUGCUUAAGGCUGUGACAACUCUUGAUAAUUCUCUUUCGAUGCUCAAAGAGAGCGGGGCAUUCCUUGAGCUGAUCAAACCAUUUGAAAUAAUUCUGAGACAUAUGGUGAAAUACUACGCCUCUUCUUCUGUGCCAGGAGUAUUGGCAAAAGUGCAGAAUCUCACCAGAAUUGCCAAGUUGGACAGACACCCACUCAAAUUGCAGGCACACCGUGCAGUUGCAAUCCCAACAUACUUGCCUAAAUUCGAGGAGAAUUUCAACCCUGACAAAAAGUCAUACGACCCAGACCAGACCAGACAGGAGAUCAGCAAGCUGCGCCAUCAGAUCAAACAGGAGCGGAAACAGAAUCUGCGGGAAAUCAGAAAGGAUACUCAAUUUGAAGCCAGAGAGCAGCUCAAACUCAAACGCAAAGAAUAUGAGGAGUAUCAUGCCAAAAUGGCCAGAAUCAUCAACUCGAUCCAGACAGAGGAAGGUGCAGCCAAGAACGAGUACGAGAGGGAAAAGAAGAGAAGAAAGAAAUAG